AUGCAAGCCAACACAAGACAUAGAUCGAUCUUGCCGAUCUACGGUCCCGAUCGCAAGAAUAUCAAGAAGUCUCAGAUCAAAUUCAUUCGUCCGGCACAGAUGAGUUUGCUUGCUCGAGUGACGUGCUAUCCUCCCUUGGGUCAGAUAACAUGUCACCAAAGGAGGUCCAGGAGCUCGGGAUCCACGGAACCUGAUACGAUCAAUUUCACCGUAGUGCUAGAAUCAAGCACCUCAUUUCCAGUGCAGCCCUGGGAUAUCCAAAUAUGGCAUAACAUCUCUAGUUCUGAGUGGACCGCAACGUCACUUAAGAGUCGCGGAUCUCCCGUGGCACCACUCAUAAACGGCAGCGAGGAAGACUAUAACUACUUCCGUAAUAUCUUUUCAGGGAAGAUAACUCUCCCUUCAAAUGCCGGGCAUGCACAAUUCACUGUUCGCUAUCGAAUUAAUCCUGAUGCCGAAUGGCAAUGGGUGAACCAGCAACAGGGUGCAAGUGAUGGGAUUUUGGUAUUUGGCUCACAAAAGCCCGAGUUCACUUCGCUUGAGACAACUCCAACAGAGUUCAAAAAGUAUUUCGAGGGAAUGUCUGCGGAUAUCAACAUUGAGCCAAGAAAAAGCGAAUCGCCCGGUUCGAACUUGUGGCAUCUUUCCGGGAAAGCUCAGCCAGCUCAUGCAGGCGAAUCUGGGUACAAAGAGGUGGCCCUCGGAGUGCCAAUGUCAAUUCUGCGGUAUUUCUCCUUGGUGCGCAUCUGGGCUCCAUGGCUCGGUCCAAGGCAUGGACAAGGAAAAUUCGAAUUGUCCGAAGAAGCCAUUUUGUGCUCCUUUCUGCGGACUGACGGAGUGCAUAUUGUGCUUCUUGGGUUGUCCGGCAAGGAUAAUGUCUUGACGACUUUUGGAUCAGGCGAAAAUGGGGAAGUAAUCGUCAAAUCCCUCAAUGACAAUGCAGAGCCAUCUACAUUCCAAAUACUGGCUUCAGCUGCGGAGGAUUAUGAGGUUGCAAUGAGCGCGAUCGUAUACGAAGCUCGCAAGCUCGCAAGACCAUAUGCCGAGCAGGAGGCGUCUGAUACCAAGCGGGCCCCAAUUUCGCCACCCCCGGACGAUAUAGUGGUGGUAGAAAAGGAUGUGAAGGCUCAGUGGAUGGCUGAGUGGUACGACGGCUUAACCUACUGCACUUGGAACGGACUAGGUCAGGAUUUGACGGAAGAGAAAAUCCUUCGUGGUCUUGACUCACUGAAGUCUCAUGGGAUCCAGAUAGCUAAUCUGAUCAUUGACGACAACUGGCAAACACUAGACGAUGCUGAUUCACAGUUCAAGAGGGGCUGGAGGCAGUUUGAAGGAAACCCAGCUGCCUUUCCCAAAGGGUUUAAACAGACCAUUGAAGCUAUCCGUCAGAAGCAUCCGAACGUCGAACACAUCGCCGUUUGGCAUGCAAUCCUCGGAUACUGGGGAGGAAUUUCAGUGGAAGGUGAUCUGGCUAAAAAAUACAAGACCAAGAGAGUUGAGAUCAAAGUGCCUGCUGUGGGAGGCGCUAUCUCGCAUGCGUUUGAAAACGGCUCAGUGCUGGCAAUUGACCCGGAUGACGUUCAAAAAUUCUACGACGACUUCUAUAGAUACCUUGCCUCAAUUGGAGUCGACUCCGUCAAGGCAGACGCCCAGUUUUUCCUCGAUUUGAUCAAAGACCCAGAGGACCGGAGAAGAUUUAUCACCGCUUACCAGGACGCAUGGUCUAUCUCCACGUUGAAACACUUCAGCUCAAGGGCUAUAUCUUGCAUGUCAAUGUUCCCACAAGCCAUCUUCCACUCACAGCUUCCAACGACCAAGCCUACUAUUCCCCUCCGGAACUCAGACGACUUCUUCCCCAACAUCGAAUCGUCUCAUCCAUGGCAUAUCUUUUGCAACGCCCACAACGCCCUGCUGACCCGCUACCUGAACGUCGUCCCCGACUGGGACAUGUUCCAAACAAGCCACCCGUACGCCGGUUUCCACGCCGCGGCACGCUGCGUCUCCGGAGGCCCAGUAUACAUCACCGACGAACCCGGUAAGCACGACGUCUCCCUGAUCGACCAAAUGACCGCCAAAACGAUACACGACGGAACCGUCAUCCUCCGCCCAAGCUUGAUCGGCCGUGCCAUGGACAUCUACCACGACUACAACGAAGGCCACAUAGUGCGCGUAGGCACCUACACCGGCUGGGCCCGAACCGGCAGCGGCAUCCUAGGUCUCUUCAACAUCUCCACCGCCGAGAAAUCCACCAUAACCCACCUCUUAGACUUCCCAGGAAUCCACCAAGACUCCCAAGGCGAGUACAUCAUCCGCGCCCACACCAGCGGUAUGAUCGCCUCGGACCUACGCGUCCCGGACACGGAAUCAUCCCUAGUGACGGUAACUCUGCCCCCGAAGGGCUGGGAAAUCCUAACAACCUACCCAACAUACACCUUCGACCUGAAGGCCAAGAAACGAGCCUCCACCUCAACGCCCACAGAAACAAAAGUAUCAGUCCUAGGCCUAAUCGGCAAAAUGACCGGCGCAGCAGCAAUCAUCUUCUCUGAUAUCUACAUCGAAGAUAACGGAAGAUUGCGAUUCGACAUUAGUCUCAAAGCACUGGGCACAUUAGGGAUCUAUUUCUCCGACUUGCCGGACUGGAGUAUUGAUGAUAACUUCAUGGUCAUGAUUCUGGGGAGACCUGUGCCGAAGAAAACUGUUUGGAAGGAAGGUGGUGAUAAGGGGAGGGUGGUGGCGGUGGAUAUUCUGACUGCGUGGAAGGAGAUGGGGUUGAAGGCUGGGUGGAGUAAUGAUGUGCUUGUUGAGGUGUUUGUUGGUUGA